GCCGCCUGGGAGGGAUGGUUUUCGCGACAGAGCAGAGCCGCGGCGGCUGCCGCCUCCGCGGGUGCUGAGACGGGAUUUUCGUGGUGCAGUUCCCGGGCUCCCAGCUUCAUGACUGCGCGGAGCGGGGAGUCGCCAACACCAUGCGAGCACAAAUUGAAGUGAUACCAUGCAAAAUCUGUGGUGAUAAGUCCUCUGGAAUACAUUAUGGAGUCAUCACAUGUGAAGGCUGCAAGGGAUUCUUUCGGAGGAGUCAGCAGAACAAUGCCUCCUACUCCUGCCCAAGGCAGAGAAACUGUUUAAUUGACAGAACCAACAGAAAUCGUUGCCAACACUGCCGACUGCAGAAAUGUCUUGCCCUGGGAAUGUCUAGAGAUGCUGUGAAAUUUGGAAGAAUGUCCAAAAAGCAGAGGGAUAGCUUGUAUGCUGAAGUGCAGAAGCACCAGCAGCGAUUGCAGGAACAGCGGCAGCAGCAGAGCGGUGAGGCAGAAGCCCUUGCCAGGGUUUACAGCAACAGCAUCAGCAACGGCUUGGGCAAUCUGAACAACGAAACGGGCAGCACCUAUUCAAAUGGGCACGUCAUCGACCUGCCAAAGUCUGAGGGUUAUUACAACGUGGAUUCUGCCCAGCCUUCUCCAGAUCAGUCUGGCUUAGACAUGACUGGAAUCAAACAGAUAAAGCAGGAACCUAUCUAUGACCUCACCUCUGUACCAAACUUGUUUACCUAUAGCUCUUUCAACAAUGGGCAGUUAGCUCCGGGGAUAUCCAUGACUGAAAUAGAUCGAAUUGCACAGAAUAUCAUUAAAUCUCACUUGGAGACAUGCCAAUAUACAAUGGAGGAGCUACACCAGCUAGCUUGGCAAACCCACACGUAUGAAGAAAUUAAGGUUUACCAGAGCAAGACCAGAGAAGCCCUUUGGCAGCAGUGUGCCAUUCAGAUCACUCAUGCUAUCCAGUAUGUGGUGGAGUUCGCAAAGCGGAUAACAGGCUUUAUGGAGCUCUGCCAGAAUGACCAAAUUCUCCUCCUUAAGUCAGGCUGCUUGGAAGUGGUUUUGGUGAGAAUGUGCCGUGCCUUCAACCCACUCAACAAUACUGUUCUGUUUGAAGGAAAGUAUGGAGGGAUGCAGAUGUUCAAAGCCUUGGGUUCUGAUGAUCUGGUGAAUGAAGCAUUUGACUUUGCUAAGAAUUUAUGUUCCUUACAGCUGACUGAGGAGGAGAUUGCCUUGUUUUCAUCUGCUGUUCUGAUAUCACCAGAUCGAGCCUGGUUAAUAGAGCCAAGGAAGGUCCAGAAGCUUCAGGAAAAGAUUUACUUUGCACUUCAACAUGUGAUCCAGAAGAACCACCUCGAUGAUGAGACUUUGACAAAGUUAAUAGCCAAGAUACCAACCAUUACUGCACUUUGCAACUUGCACGGAGAGAAACUACAGGUAUUUAAACAGUCUCACCCAGAUAUAGUGAACACACUGUUUCCUCCAUUAUACAAGGAGCUUUUCAAUCCAGACUCAACCACUGGCUGCAAGUGAAGGGGAUAAUGAAAUUUUCACGUAGUCAUGGAAUGCAUCACUGUUAAGACAAAAAGAAAUGUUUUCAUAAUGAACUUAUUAAAAAUGUCACUACUGCAACACUAGGAAUGUUCUGCACUUAAUAGAAUUAUUUUUCACCGCUACAGUUUGAAGAAUGUAAAUAUGCAAUUCUGAGUGGGGAUGUCUUUUUUCUCUUUUCUUUGUUUACCUUUUUUUUUUUUUCUUAUUGAACUGACAAUGAAUAUACAAAUAUAGGACACUGGGUGUUACCUUUUUUUUUUUAUUUUAUUUUAUUGGGAUAUGUUUUGGGAGACAACUGUUCAUAGAAUUUUAUUGUAGAUAUAAAUGAGAAUAGAGCAGUACUUUGCAGUAUUACUCUUGCUGUUUAUUGUUCAAAUAUAAUUUAAGAAAAUUCCACUUAUUAGUCUUGCCUAUUUCUAUGUUUUUAGAUAGUUUAAUGCAUGUGGAAAUUUGUAGCUGUCUUGGAAAUUAUUGUGCAUGUAUGAAAUACAUAUAUAUAUGUAUAUGUUGUGUAUACUUAUAUAUGUAUGUAUGUAUUAUAUGCAUACAUGCUGUAGCUUAAAAGUCCCAUGCCUACUUUUAAAGGAUGCUCAGCCAGGCUGUCAUGCAUUUCUUGCUCUCCAAGUAAUAUAUUAGAUUUACUUUGGGCAAUCACGAUUUGCUUUGCCAGUCAACAGCCAAUGCGUAAUUACAGGAUCACUCCUGAAAUGUGUAAUGUAGUGCAUAUAUGCAGUCUGUAAGUGAAACAUCAGGAAUAUACCAAUGGUGCAAAAGCCUUGUCUGGAUGAUUUCAGUGGAGAGAGGAAAAGCUUUUUGUCAAUAUUCUCCCUGCAACAGGGGUACAGCAUAUGUAAGAGUGAACAUUUUAGGACCUGUGUCAGUGAAGUAUCUGAAACAGAAUAAAAACACAGACUGUCCCAACCACUUCUCUGAUUAUACAAAAGAUUUUAUUUAACUGUAUGCUUAUUUGAAAAAUAGUUGCAAGACUUGGCUUGGUUUUUGGUAAUUUUUUUUUUUCUCAUUUGUUGUUGUUGUUUUAAAGAAAUACAGUGAACUCAGUGAACCUUAGGAAGCCUAAAAUGUAGCUCUGAAAAGUAUCAUCAGAGAAAGGGAGGGAGGAGGAAAGUGGAAUUGAACAGUAGCCAUGGUUAUGAAGAUGAACAUAACACUAUUACCAACAAAGCCAUCACCUAAACAAGACUGAUGGCUUCCAUUCCAUGUAUAUAUAUAUGUUAAACACACUUACAUAUACACAAACAUAGGGUUGAUUUGAUGCUCAUUUCAGGAGGCAAGCAAAGGAUUGGGGCUUUCUUCUUGUCUGUCUCUAAAUUGAUUUUAUGUGCAUUUGCUUGCAAAAACAAAGGUGAAUACAGAGAGGAGUGGAAGACUGCCACAGACACAAUCUCAUAGAUUAACUGAAUUUAAUUGCAGUCAUGAUUAAUGCAUUUGGAUUCUGCCAGAGAUUAAAAAAAAAAAAAAAACUUUUUUCCUGUGGAAGAGCAGGGAUUCACUUCUUGCCAUGUCUCUGUCCUUUUCAUCAUAUCUAUCUGUUGGGAGCUUUUCCAGAAAAGUGUCCUUAGAGAAUGCCAGUGGAAGGAGUUGAGCAGAAAUAAGUAGAAAAGAAAUGAAACAGAGGCAGGGUCACGAGCAGAUGCAUUUCCUUAUUUCAAAGCUCAUAGAAGGCAAUCUGAACUGAGAGCUGGAGAGGAGUUGAAGGCCCCACUGCCAGGUCAUAGGACAGAGCUGUGUCACUGGAAACCCGUGGGGACACGGCCCCAGAGUGGUUGCAGAAGCUUGUGUCAGCGAUAGCUUAACACCUCUGGCUUUUACAGAAGACCACAUAGGUCCCAUCUCAUCCUCUAUUCCUUUUUCUGCAUCAACAGUUAAUUCACACCUUAUUCUGAGCACUGGUUAAAGUUUCCCCUCACCCACUACCAAUCACCUUGUAAAUUUACACACACACCUCAUGAUUCCAUAGCUAUCUCUUCUCUUAUUCUAAACUAUCUAUCUAUUCUCAAAUUCUAAACUUGCUGCAAGAGCAGUUACAAAUCCUUAGCUAAUAAAUGUUUCUCUGUUAAUCAAUUCUGAGUGCAAAAUAGAUACACAAACGGCACAGCCAAGUUAAUUUUUCUCAGAGAUUUGUUGUAAAAAUGAUGCAAUCUUCCAAAUUUCUUAGUCCUAAAAUCUCUAAAAUACUCUUUUUGCACCAAAUUUCUAUCACAUAUUCCAAUGAUUAUAUUAAAAUAUUUUCAGCUAAUGUAGUACAGCACUUCUUUAGAUGCUUCUUUAAACCACUUAAGCCCUAAGAUUGGCAUCCUCUUGUAAUCUGAUUUUAUCUGUUUGCAGCCUGUUUUACAUGACAAAUCCAUGAACAGGACUCCAUACUCCACCUACUUCUAAUAUUAAAAAAAAUAAUAAUAAUAAUUAACCAGUAUUUAUGCAAGGUCAAUUUGUGUAUAUUUGAAAAAAAAAAAUCAAACUGAAUCCUGUAAGAGCUCAAUUUUAACUGCAGGGGAUUCAUGUUUUCCUUGUCUUUUUCAAUAUGAAAAUAUAUUUACAUAUAUAUAUAUUACACACAUCUAUAUAUGCUCAUUUGAAAUCCAUUAUAAUAAUAAUCUGUUAUUUUCAGUGCAUUAAGAGUAACAUAUUUAGCCAAUACACAGAAUAUAGAGUGUGAUAAGUAUUACUGCCCUAAAGGUUGAUAAAUGAAGAAGCUUGUUAUGCUUCAGUUAUGUAUUACAUAUUGAAAAUGUUUUGUUGCUUUCAAAUAAGCCAAUCAAUCUUUAGCAGGUAUUAUGAUUUACAUCUUAGUCAAGAUGUAAUGAAAUGAAGAUCACAUGUGAAAAAGACGUAUUAUUUAACCAUUAUUCAUAGGGAGUUUCAUCCUUAAAGCACUUAAAGACUUCUGAAAUCACUGCAAUCUCAUGAUCUCUUCAAUCAGCAAGGACUGUUCCCUUUUUUUAAAGAUAAAGAAAUGAAGGCAAAGAAGUUAAAUGACCUACCAGAGACCAUAGAACCAGCAGCAUCCAGGCUGAAAUUAAAAAUGGAUUCUUUUCAUUUGUUCUAAAACCAAUAACUAUGUUACACAAAAUUUUCUGUACAGACUGUACAAACAAUUACAAAUAUUGCCAAAUAAUUAUAUUCAAAUAAUAUUAUCAAUAAUUUGUUCAAUUUCUUUUCCUAUUUUUACAGAAUUUGAGCAAGAAACUCAUUUAUUUUGGUAGCAAAAAUUAAUUCUCAUACAGUAUUUACUGGUGUUAAAUAGUGCUGAUAAAACUUAUUUAAUUUUCUUUGAUUUCAGUCUGGCCAUGGAGGUAAAUUAGAACUUCAGCCCUUUGUUCAUUGUGCAUAUAACAAGAAAUAGCAAUGACAUGCUACAGGCUGGAUUUUUGUUGUCAUUCUUAAUACAGUUUUGUAUACGACAUUUUAAAUUCUCAAUAUCGGAUUUUAUACAUUCAAGUAAUCCUUAGGUUUUAAACAAUGAAAUAGUACAAGUUCAAUUAAGUAACUGCAUAGCCAAUCACAACAUGCAUUUCAGACAACAUUACUACUGUGUUUUAUUUCUUGGCUUUCAUUAAUCUGCAGUAGUUUCUGAAGCCUUUCAAUUAAACCUCUAGAACUAGAACUGCUCUUUAGUAACUGGCAAUAUUUGCUGAUUUUUUUAGUGAUAAUUCUUUCAAAUGGGACACAAUUUUUAAUGACUGAUUAGCCCCAGAAAUUCAACAAAAAAAAAUAUUUAAAACAUAUAUUAAAUCUUGUAGCAUUGCUCUCAGAUAAUUGGACCACAUUGAUCUAAAUUAUCCACAGCAUCAAGCAGGCAAAUGUAGAGUAUUUGUUAUACUGCCACAGGGACUUAAUUUUGGUGUAAAUGUCACUCUUGCCAGAUCUUUGUAUAAAGAAUUAAUUCCAAGAGUCAUAUUUUCUUCUAAUGGAAAGAUUUCUUUAUUGAUUGCUAGGGGAAAGAAAAAAAAAACAAA